AUGUCGCAGAAUGAUGAUCUGGCCUAUGGCCGCUACUACGAGUCGGAGCGUGGAUCGGGUGAUGGCUCUCGAGGUCUGAGCGAUACCUUCAAGAAGUUCAAGGACACCUACAAGAGUCACUCUAAGCCCUCCGGUCAGGGAUACAACCAGGGUGGUGCCCCCGGGUCGUCGCAACAGAACUACCAGGACCAGAGUCAAGCCCCCUACGGAUAUAGCCAUGGUCAACAAGGUCAGCAAGGCCAACCGGAUCAGCAGGGCCAACAACAAUAUUACUCGGGCCAGAACCCGCAGUACCAAGGACGUCCCCAGAAAGAAGACAAAUUCGGUGGCUUCUUGGGCAAGAUCCAAGGUACUGUGACAGAUCUUGGUUCAGAGUUCGCCACUAAACUCGGAACCGCUAUCGAUCCACAGGCAUACGCCCAGUAUGGAGCUCCCAAGCCCACCACAGAGCACCGUUUCGGCAGCUUUGCUCCGCCUCGAGAACACAAUGAGGUGAAACCGUACGUCGAUGGCUGCUCCUAUUUCUGGGCAGUAUCCGUGGCGCUGGAGAAUGCGCGCGAGUCCAUCUGGAUUCUUGACUGGUGGCUGUCCCCUGAACUCUACCUGAGAAGACCUCCAGCUGAGAAUGAGAAAUACCGACUGGACCGAAUGCUGAAGGAUGCCGCCGUUCGUGGCGUGCGCGUCAAUAUUAUCGUUUACAAGGAGGUGACCCAGGCAUUGACGCUUUCCUCAGCCCACACCAAGCAUGCCCUGGAGGAUCUUCACCCCAACAUCGCGGUCUUCCGCCACCCAGACCAUCUUCCUGAUCGCCAGACGUUGGUAUCUGAUAUCGCGCACUCCUUCCAGAACAUGUCGCUCAGCUCCGCCAGCCUUUCGAAGAUGUCCAAGGAUACCUUGAAGGGCUUGUAUGGCAUGAACGACGAUGUUAUUCUAUACUGGGCCCACCACGAGAAAUUGUGCUUGAUUGAUGGCCAGAUCGCUUUCAUGGGCGGCCUGGAUCUGUGCUUCGGCCGGUGGGAUACCCAUCAGCACGCAAUUUCCGACGUGCACCCGUCCAACAUCAACGACACCGUCUUCCCGGGCCAAGACUACAACAACUCCCGCGUUCUCGAUUUCCAAAACGUGCCGGAGUGGGAGAAGAACCAGCUCGAUCGCAUGACCAUGUCUCGCAUGGGAUGGUCGGAUAUUUCAAUCGGAUUGCGUGGUCCAGUUGUCGAAGACCUUCGACGCCAUUUCGUGGAACGCUGGAACUUUAUCUUUGACGGGAAAUACCAGGUUCGUCAGAACUCUAGGUACACACGACUUGCGCUCUUUGGACAGCCUACUUCGUCGUCUGGACCACAGCCUGGUGCCCCGCAGCAGCCAGGCCAGUCCCAGGCGGGAGCUCCCAAUCAGCCGCAGCAGCAGCCGCCGCAGCAACAGCAGGCAUCAACUCCUCAAUGGCAGAGCCAGCAGCCCGGUGCAACAAGUCAGCAACAGCAGGGAUCGGCUCCCCAGUGGCAAGCUCAGUCCUCCACUGGAACACCAAGCUACCCUCCCCCUCCUACCCAGACAUCUUCCAGCCCUCAGCCGCCACAAUAUCAGCAGCAGCAGCACAAUACCUCAUCAUCGUAUCAGUCUGGUAGCACACCAAGCUAUCCUCCUCCUCCAGGCCAGUACUCGUCGGACCAGAGUCAUCAGCAGCAGCCGCCGCACAGCCCUGCUCCAUCUUACCAGGCGCAUCACUCUGACAACACCCAGAACUACCAAUCCGGCGCAAGCCACUCAUCAACCCCCAAUCAGCCAUCGCCAAGCCAGUCGUCCCACCAGUACAGCUACACCGGUGAUUCAUUCCCCCCACCUCCCCCGGGCCCGCCACCAAGCCAGUCUUCUGCUAGUCAAUCCUAUCAACCUCAGCAGCAACAGACCCAAGCACCCUACUACGCUCCACCACCAAACCAGGCCUCUAGUGGUUCCACCCAGCAAACCCAGCAACAGAGUCAGACUCCCUACUACCCACCUCCACCGGGCCAGGAAGCUGCUCAUUCCGCCACUCGUGGAUUCGACGACUAUCACCAUGGAGGUGAUCAGAGUCGGGGCUUCGCACCAAAGCGCUUCCGUGAGGAUAUCACGCAGUAUGGCAAUCAGCUUCGUGGCCAGUUGGCAGGUCAGAUCCACCAGUAUCAGGAUCGACUUACCACCUACGGUCGUCCGCAAUCGCAAAGCCGUGGCAACAUGUCUUGCCAGAUUGUUCGCAGCUGUGCUAAAUGGAGCAACGGUAGCCCAGUCGAGCACUCAAUUGCAGAUGCAUAUGCUGCGAUUAUCAAGAACAGCCAGCAUUUCGUGUACAUCGAAAACCAGUUCUUCAUCACGGCCACUGGGGAUUCCCAGCACCCUGUGAAGAAUAAGAUUGGUGCUGCCAUUGUCGAGCGUAUUCUGCGCGCCGCUCGUGCUGGCCAGAAGUACAAGAUUAUUGUGGUCAUUCCUUCUGUGCCUUGCUUCGCUGGCGACCUUCGUGAUGAUGAGACUCUUGGCACACGUGCUAUCAUGGAGUUCCAGUACAACUCAAUCAACCGAGGCGGACACAGUAUCAUGGAACUGAUUGCCAAGGAAGGUUUCAACCCCAUGGAAUACAUCCGGUUCUACAACCUGCGCAACUAUGAUCGUAUCAACAAUGCCGGUCUUCUCUCUGCAGUUGAGCAGGAGAGCGGAGUUCACUACGAGGACGCCCGCAGACAGUUUGACCAGCAGACUGCCGGCCCUCUUGGUUAUGCUCCCCCUCCUCCUGGACCUGGCGCUACACGCAGCGCAUUUGAUACGAGCGCUCCCUUCCAGCAGUACCAGCAAGCAGCCCAGCACCACAACGAGGGUAACAAGCCUGCUGGGUCUGCUCAAUGGGACAGUGUCAGCUCUUGCUACAUGCUGGGUGGACAGGAUAUCCGCAACGUGCCGUGGGACGGACACCCCGACGCCGAGAUUGACGCAUUUGUGAGCGAGGAGCUUUAUGUUCACUCCAAGGUUAUGAUUGCCGACGACCGCGUGGUCAUCUGCGGCUCUGCAAACCUCAACGACCGCUCCCAGCUCGGCGACCACGAUUCCGAAAUCGCCGUCGUCAUCGAGGACUUUACCCCUCUUCAGUCCACCAUGAACGGUCAACCCUGGAUGGCCAGCCGCUUCGCUGCCUCGCUCCGUCGCGAGCUAUUCCGCAAGCACCUCGGCCUCCUUCCCCCGCAGGACUACAAGCGCCCCAACGCAAGCUUCGAGCCCCCAGGCGUCCCGGACCACUUCGAUCUGGAAUGCCCCGAAAGCAAGGUCGUUGCCGAUCCGCUCGCAGACACCCUCCAAAGCCUGUGGAACUCGCGCGCCCACACCAACACCGAGGUCUUCCGCAAGGUCUUCCACGCUGUUCCCGAUGAUGCGGUGCGUAACUGGGCUACCUACAAGGAGUUCUACGAGUACUACUUCCACAAGGCGGACAAGGAGGCCGAGGGUAAGGAUGGGCUUGGUCGUCCGCCGCGCUUCCAGUGGGGCCAUGUCGUGCGUGAUGAUUUCGCACCCGGUGCCGAGGGCGCGAAGCAGGUUAAGGAGUUGUUGAGUCAGGUCAAGGGUACGCUGGUGGAGAUGCCAUUGAUGUUCUUGAUUGAGGAGGAUAUUGCGAAGGAGGGGAUUACCUUGAAUGAGUUGACCCAGCCGCUCUACACUUAG